UAAGUUAUUCUCUUUCCUUAUAGCAACUACAUUCUAGUGUUCGAACAGCCAACCUGGAAACUAGCCUAAGACUACUAUCUCUUGGAGCUGACCCAAACUAUAUACACCCAGAAAGAGGAAAUACUCCCUUACAUCUAGCUGCAAAAACUGGUCAGUCUUCUCAGGUGGAGCUGUUGUUUAUUUAUGGUGCUGAUCCUAUGGCUCAGUACAAAGAUGGAAAAACUCCUAUAGAUUAUGCCAGAGAUGCUGGACAUACAGAUUUGGUGGACAGACUAAUAGAGUGUCAGUAUGAAGUGACUGAUAGACUAGCUUAUUAUCUCUGUGGUAGAAAACCAGACCACCAAUCUGGACAAGAUUUUAUUAUUCCAGAAAUGUCUGACAGUCUUGAUCUAUCAGAAUUUGCAAAGGCUGCUAAGAAGAAACUCCAAGCACUUCCAAACUAUCUUUUUGAAGAACUUGUAAUGGAUGUUUAUGAUGAAGUUGACAGAAGAGAAAAUGAUGCAAUUUGGUUGUCCACUCAGAACCAUAGUGCCUUAGUCACAGACCGACAGAUUGUUAGAUUUCUCCCUGUUAAUCCAGAAUUUUCAUCCACGAGAAAUCAAGGUAGACAGAAGUUAGCUAAGUUUAAUGCAAGAGAGUUUGCUACUUUGGUGAUUGACAUAUUGGGUGAGGUGAAAAGAAGACAGCUAGGAUCAUGUUCAACAGGUGGUGCAACACCAAGAGACAGAGCACCUGACCUGAAACCAGUCUUAUGUACAGGAAACACAAAAACUGAUAACGCUCUAUCUGAAGAAACAGGAAAUUUGAGUGACGAUGAGCCUCUUUAUGAUAGUGUAGCUUCAGAUGAUGAGAGUAUGGAAGGAAACCAUAAGUCUUUGAUGGAACAAAAAGUGAUGACCAGCACUGAAGUAAAUCUUAUAAUUGGCCCUUUGCAAGAAACCUCUACCCAGGUAGAGCCAGGAUCUGAGCUGGUAAGUAAAGAAUUUGAUUCUGCUCCUCUGGCCAAGCCCACUGAUUUUAUCACAGAACAGAUAAAAGAUGAUCGUGAUGACUCUGAACUGGCAGAAGCAGUUCCUCAGAAGAGUGAAAAGAAAAUAGUUAGUACUCGAGAUAGACCAGAGAGUUUUGCCUCAUCAGAUCAGUCAGAUGGCCCCAUUACACUUGAAGAAUAUCUGGAGGUUAAGAAGCAGUUGGCAACAUCUGAGGCUCAAAUUAACCAGCUUGUUCAGAAUAACAAAGAUAUGAGGAAAGAAAUCAGCCUUUUGCAGAAUAUGGUUCAGAAACUGAUGCAAGAAAAUUCACACUUGAGAUCAUCCAUCUUGUACAAUGCAUCAAGCAGUCAUUCAGUUUCCCAGCAUGUGCCAAAUGGUUUUGAACCAUCUGCUGGUCAUCAUCAUCCAGCUACUGGUCAGAAAACACCUUCUGAUAAAAGAGAAGAAACAUCUUCUAUAGCUUUUCGGCCACCCCGAGGGAAUCAAAGGCCUCAGUCAAUGUAUGAGCCACGAGAGAGACAGCAUGUUCAACAAGAUCAGCAGUUUUCUUACUCGUGGGAAACAGUAUCACCUACAGGUCAGAGAGGUAGUCAUGCUUUUCCUCGAGAUGAUAGUGGAAUUGGUAACAUACAAUCUAGUCACACCUCAAGAAAUAGCGGCGAGUACGAUAACACUUCUAUCAAUUUUAGUAGCAACGGCCCUCGACAUCAGAGCCGAAGUAACUCAUUAAGUCCUUCCUCUGAGUCCCCACCAGUGUCAUCCAAAAUGUUGCAAUCUAAACGCUCAAUCUCAAACAGCAAGAGUAAUAUGCCAUCCCGAGAAGAAAUAGAUCGUAAAACAGAACAAAUUACCAAAAAAAUUCAAGAGCUUCUGAUCUCUGCUCAGGAAAGAAAGCAUGAAAAUUUCAUACCAUGCUCUGAGAAAAUAUUCAAGGCUGUAACCGAGAUUGCAAAUGUAUUUCCUCAGGGCAUGCAAGAGGAUCAAAUUAGGUCCAUCUUGAAGCAAUUAACAGGAAGUGCAUCACGACUACAAACAGAAUGUAACACACUUCUUCGUCAGAACCAGCCACCCAUAGACUAUCGAUUUGUGACUCAACAGGUCAUUCAAUGUGCUUAUGAUAUUGCUAAAACUGCUAAACAGUUGGUUACAAUUUUUCACUGAAAGAAUUUUGUAGCAAGAUGGAAAAAAAAAAAACUUAACUGACUAAAAUAUCUAAUUUGGUUGUAGCUUGUAUAUUAGAUACAUAGUACAAUGGAGUCAGUUAUAAAUUUUUUUUUGUCAACCUCUGAUAAAUAAGUAAUUAUCAUAAUUAUUUUCAGUUAUAGGUAAAAAUUAAGAAUUUUCCUUAACUUUUAAACUCAAAACUUGCUUAUAGAUGCUGGAGUAAGCUCUAUAUGUUAUGUACUAGAAAACUAUAAACAUUUCACUUAUAUUUAGGAGAGUAAAGAAAGGAGUUUUGAAAAGCCCAUGCAAAAAUAUUUUUCUAUGCUCAGAGAUAAAGAUUUCUAAUUGUAGCAUACAUUGGACUGAGUGUUAUAAAAAUGUUCUUACUGAUAAAUGUGCCUAUAGUAUCAGUCUGUUUAAACAUGUAAAAGGAUUAGAUAUAGCCAUAUUUUAAUGUGAAAGGUUCGGUUGUAGUGAAGUACAUAAAGUUCCUGAUGACAAUCAUACUUAGUAACUUUUGCUCUGAUUCUGUUACGAAGCAUUUGAACACUAGGGUAAGUAAUGCUUGUAUAAACUAUAUCUUAUCAUUUCCAUGAUUUUAACUUAUCGUAGCAGUUCAUAGAGGUUUGCAAAUUAUUUUCAAUUUCAAAAGGUUUAAAAAUUCAAAAGUAAAAAAAGUGUAGCCUUCAUGUUUUAAUGUGAUUAGCUUGACAUAUAUUUAAAGAGAUCGAUUUAAUAAUUUGUUUUCAACAUGCAUGUCUAAAAAAACAAAACUGACAUCUUACCACUGUAACUUUUAUACAAGGAACAUCAUAUUUUAGAAGUUACUUCUUUAUAUAUUGAUAAGAUUAAUCACUUUCACAUUCAUUAACUGUGUUAAUGCCAUAUUAUGUAUUAAAUAUGCCACCCCCAGUAGCUCAGUGGUAAAUUUGUAAGCUUAUAACUAUACAAAUCAGGUUUGGUACCCAUGGUGGGCAUAGUACAGAUAUCCCAUUGUGUAGCUUUGUGCUUAAUAACAAAUGAGCAUUAAAUAUACUUGAUAUACUUUCUUGAUUUUGUUUUUCAAUUUUGCAGAUUUAUAUGUAUAACAGAAACAAAUUAAACAAAUUUUUGAAACUGAAGACUUUAAGAUAAAGCAUUUUUAUUAUUUUGUUAGAGUAAGAAAUGUAUGACUGUUAGGAAAAAAAAGUUAACAUGAUUCUAUCUAAUGGGAUUUACCCAUCUUUAUGUUUGAUAAUGAUACUGUUUAAGAUCAGACAAUAAAAAACCAAGCUGAUUGACUGUAAACUAAAUUUCACAAUUAUGGAUCAUACUGCAUAUUUAUUUAAAAGUACAUACGGUGAAAAAUUUAAAUUUUUAGUACAUUUACAUUGUCUUUCUUAAAUGCUUGUGUACUAUAUAAUAUGCAGUGAUGAUUUUCUAAGUUAACCAUGGUGUUUGCUUGAUAGAGCUUUGAAGUAGACCUGUUUUCUUUAAACUUCCUGUGUCUUCACAUGCACAUAUAGAACUUAGAUAUGGGGGCUAAAUAUAAAUCAUAUUACUUUGUUAGUUAAUUUGAUUCUAUCCUUGUCUUACUGGGCAGUUACAAACUUUCACUUCAUUUCAUAAAAUAGAUGUACACAGUUGAUUGUAAUAUAGUGUUUAAGAAAAACACUGUCCUUGCAGUUUGUUCCUUGUUUAUUAAAUGUUAGAGUAUUAAACAAUAUAACACUUGAUUUUUACAAUUUCUUGUAUUUUAAAGAUGUAUACAUUUGUAAUGUGAAAGACUGAUUGUAGUUUAAGGUUUUAAUUUUAAUAGUUUUCUUGGGAGUGCUAUUUAUUGAGUAAGCAAAAUGUAAAAGCACUACUAUUGAAACAUGAUUGUUGUGAUUAUUGAAAUCACAGUAAUAUGUACUUGUCAAAUAUUUUCUAGCCAAAUUUUACUCUAUUGAAUUAAAUAAUUAAGAGUUUUUUGUUUAGUAAGUGAAAUUUACAAAAAGUAAUUUACUAGAACUGGAAUCAUCUUUUUAAAUAUGAUAAAAAUUCACAGUUUUGUGUGAAAGAUAUCAGCUGUUGUCUUACUAACAGUAUGAAAACUAUUGCUUUUUUUCGGUAGCUUUCAGAUCACACUCUUGUAUGUGAAACAAUACCAUAAAUUAAGAAUUAUAAAUCAGAAAUGAAAACGGCUUGUUUGUGGUUGUAGUUAUAUAAAUGUUUAUAUUUAAAAACUCUCAGUACCUGAGAAUUUGAGAAUAAAAGUUGCUAAGUUUUGAAGCUCUAUUACAGGUGCAUUGAAGAAAUGUGCUUUAAUAAUUAAAAGAUAAGUGGAAAUUCAUUAGCUAUUUUCUUACUAUUUUAAGAUGGUAUUUUAUUGAUGUUGAGUUUAAGCAGCUAUUGCCUUUAAGAGCUUGAGUGUAUUUUUAGAUAACCAGAAAAAAAAAGCCUGUUAAUAAAAUUACUUUGACAUUAUACAGAAA